AAUACAUGACCUCAUUCGUAACGAGAGCAAAUUUUUAUUUGCAAGAAUGUAGCGCGGGUUGACUAAAAGUUCGCAAAGCUUUAAAAAAAUGAAGCUUUCGUGAAGCUUACAAAUGUCCUACAAAACAAUCGAGGACAAACUCCGCGAAAUGGAAAAUCUGCUGAGGGAGAAAGAGGGGGAGAUCGGAACAGCGAAGGAGGCGUUGGCCAAGUCGAGGGAGCGGCUGCAGAAGAAGGAUGAGGAAAUGUCAUACCUCAACAGAGCCCUGGAGGAGUCGCUAAAGGACAAGAAGAAAGAUCUGGACGACAUCAAGGGGUACUGGGAGGACGAAGUGAAGCAAAAGGUGAGUGAGAUUUCCUCGCUAAUGGUUUCCUCUGAGGAUGCAUUGCAGUCUAAAGACGCGCAAAUGUUUAUACUUAAGAGUAGCUUUGAGAAAAAAAUCGCGGAGCAGGAGGAGGAGAUUUCUGCGCUUAAAAGAUCUUUGAAGGAGAUGGUUGCGCGUCCAAAGAGAGGUGAGUCAGAAGAAGCUAGCCUAUUGUCGGAGAUUGCAACAAUGAAGUCAGAGUUAGCUUCAUGUAGAGAGAUAGUGAGAGAAGCGCAGAGCACUGAGAACGAGCUUCUGAGCAAGAUGAACACGUACCGAUCCAUGCUGGCUGAUAAAGAACGCGAAAUUGAGAGUUUGCGCUCAGCUGUAGUGCUUGAAGAUGAGCAGCGUGUCAGCGCGAGUUUUCUGGAACUCAACGCUUGCCUUGAGAGAGUAAAAGAAGAAAACCAUCAAGCCCGAAUGUUGAACGCCUCCUUGCAAAAAGCCCUGACUGAGAAGGAUGUGACAAUUGAAGAACUGAGGCUGUCUUUGUGGGAGGCGCAAAAUUUCUGUGAGAAGGAGCGUCUUCGCUUAAAGCAGGCUAAUGAAGAGGCAAUAAGGUACAAGGAUAGAGAGAUCGAGGCGCUGAAGUCAGAGCUUAGUGAAGAGAAAAAACAGCUAGAGCUUGAAAUAGAACAUGUCAGAAGAACAUCUAUUGACACGCUAAGCAUGAAGGAAGCUGAGCUUCAGCGCGUUCGAAAAACUGCCGCUAAUUUUCAAGAAGCUGUUAAAGUAGAUGAUACCACCAUAGAUAAGCUUCGUGCCCUUUUAGAAGAAAAAGAAUACGAGCUGUUUGAAUCAAGAGAAAAAUAUCAACACCAGCUCAGAGAACAGGAAGCAAACUUUGAAGAAGAUAAGCUGAAUUUACAGUCACAGCUUGAAGGUUUAACGGCCGAUAUGGACAAGAUUACGGAAAGUGUUAGUCGCACAAACGAAGAGAAGGACGCACAGAUCGCUACGUUGACACAGAAGCUUGAAGAUGAACGUGCAGCGGCUGCGGAGGAGAUGCGUGACAAGACCAGAUUUCUAGAGAAGCUCAGAGCGAGUUUAGAAACGGCGCUAAGCGACAACAAGAAGUUAGAAGACAUGACAGAACAAGCAAAAGCAGCGUUGAAGGAAAACAAAGAGCGGUUGGAAAAGCAGACUGCUGAAUUUUCUGAAGAGAAGGAACUUCUUAAAACACAAGUAUCAAACCUUGAAGGCAUUUUGAAAAAUCUCAGAGACGACAAGGAAAGAUCAGAGCAGCAUUUCGUGAGCGAAUUGGAUAGUCUUCGGAGUAGGUUUGACAACCUCUGCAUGGAACAAAACGCCAAAAGGGCAAUCGAGGAUAAGAAGGAAUUCUUGGCUAAGCUGUCAAAGGAGAAAGAAUAUGCAAAAGAAAACAACGCGCUGAAAGACCAAGUGAGAAGGAUGUCACUUCAGCUGGAAGAGAAGGAAAAUUUGCUAGCUAGAACUUCCCAAUCUGCGGAAAACCUUCGCAAGGAACGAAAUGCGUUUGAUGACGAGAUAGAGACAUUGAGGCAGAUGUUAGCAGACCGAACACGUCGAAACAGCCAAACAGAAGAUAAGUUGAGUGGCACAGAAGCGUGCAUCUCGCAGCUAAAAGAGCUACAGGAGUGCUUGAAGGAGGAGAAUGUAUUUUACCAGGAGAAAAUACGAGAGUUAGAGAAAGAACUGGAGGAAAGUCAAGCUGAAGUUGACGACUUGCAGUGUAGGUGCAAUACAACGAACGACUUGUUACACAUCGAGGAAGAAAAAUGGGACGCAAAAGAGCGGGGCAAAGAAGCAGAGAUUUUGGAUCUACAGGCAAACCUUGAGGACGCUAAGAACAUAAUCAAGGACUUAGAAAUGGAGUUAGAAGAGCGAGAACAAGAAGUCGUGUCACUUAGAGCGCUUCUCGUUGAGGCAGAGAAGCACAAGAAGAACUUCGAAGCGAAGGUAAGAAGAAUUUCGAAUGCAUUUGAGCAGGAGAAGGAAAGCCACGAUAAAGCCGAGAGCACAAUGGAUGAGUUGUGUAAGAGAUACGAGAAACUAAAAGAAGAAGCAUCGAACUUAAAAAUCGUACAAGACAACAAAGUUGGCGAAGUCAAGAACUACUACUCCGAUCUCCUGGAUGCAAAGGAAAUAGAAUUGGACAGACAGCGAAAGAAGUACUCGGAGAAUUUUAAAAAGAAAGAAGAAGAACUCGAAGCACUCAAGAAACAAUACGUAGAACUUAGCACGGCGAGCAAAACUGAAGUCGAUGAGCAAGUAGCCUACUUGAAGGAGGUGAUAAGCGCUAAGGAAAUACUCAUUUCUGACUUGAGGCGGUCUCUCGAAGAGAAGACACAGUGGAAGGAUAAGGAGCUGAAAGAUUUAAAUAACUCUUUCCAAGAAGCCUUAAAGAACAAAGACAUAGAGGUCGAUCGUAUAAGAAGAACGGCAGAUGAUUUGGUUUCCCAGAAAAGCAAAGAGGUUGAAAUGGUAGUGGGAUCGUUAGAUGGUAUGAUUAGAGAAAAGGACAACGAGAUGAAGAAACGGCUUACUGCAGUGUACGAGUCGUUGAAAUCUAAGGAACGCGAGUUGAUGGAUUUGCAGACCGAGUACGAAGAUAUAAUCCGAGAGAAGGAAGAAGAGUUGACGAUCCUGAGGAAAGCCUUUGACGAAAACAUCCGAGAAAAAGACAACGAGUUGGAGCGCCUGCAAAUGGAAAGAGAAGAGACUUUGGUUCAAAACGAAAAACGUCUUGCAGCUAAAGACAACACGAUCGCACAACUUGAGAGCAAACUAGAGAAAGUGAUGGAGAUCAAAGAACUGGAAAUAAGGACCUUGAAGUCUCUUGAACAAGAGGAUUUGAAGGUCAGAGCUGCCGAGGUUCAGUUCAUGAGGAAAUCUGAAGAGCAGCUGAAAGAGUCAGUGCGUAAGAUAGAAUAUGAAUUAAUGGCAGAGAGGAAAGCAAUGGAAAAUGCUCGAAACAUUUUCAAAGCUAACAUCGACAGUUUGAACGCUUCUCACUCAAAAGAGCUGGACAAAAUCGAAGCCGAGAAAGAAGAUGUUCGGAAGUCGAUGCUCGAAAUGUUACGAUCAAAGGAGAAAGAGAUCGAGAAGUUGGUCAAGUGCUCUGAGGAAUCGCUACAAAAGAAGGAGGAAAUCAUUUAUGGUUUCAAGGAUUUUGUCCAGGAGACGGCGAUAAAACACCGAAACGCAAUAAUGGAAAAGGAGCAGAUAAUCGAUUGUCUAAACAAAUCCUUAAAAACAGCAUCGGAAGACAUCGAGAUUUUGCGUAGGGACAUAAAGGUACUCGAAGACGCAAUUGCGGAAAAGGUAAACGAAAUUACGGACAUGAGCGAGAGGCAUAAUCGGGAAAAGGAGCUUAUCCUGAAAGAGCAACAGCAAUUGCAAGACGAGAUGCACAAAAUGCGACAGAAAUCAAAAGCAUCUAUACACGAUAUAGAGAACAUACUAAACGACAAGGAAAAGAACCUUACAGAUGUCAUGAACAACCUGAAGGAAGAACAAGCCCAGCGGAAGCAGUUGGAGAAACAACUGGUCGAUUCCUCCAAGAAGUUCGAGAAGGAAAAUCAGAUUCUGAUGGAGGCCGAUGAGCUUAUCAAGACAUUAAAGCUUGAGAAAAGUUCAUCGAAACAACAAAUUGAAGAGCAGAAGAACGUUUGCCUUAAGACCAUAAGGGAGCUAGAGGAUUGCAAAGGUUACAUCAGAACACUCGAACAUGACAAGAAAGGGAUGCAUCAAAACAUUGACCGACUAAAAAGAGAGCUGGACAAAGUGUUGUCUGAGAGACAAGAGCUACAAGAGCGGGUAUCUGAGUUGGAGGGAAAGAGCCAAGAGUUGAUGUCCGCAUCUAGGAUGAUCCAGCAGAAGUACGCAAAGGCAGGUAACUUGAGCUUAGUCUUGAAAGAACGCCUCGAGAUGAAGAUGAAGGAAUGUAGCAAUCUAGAAGAGAAGCUGGAAAAGCAUAAGGCAGACUUGGCAGCUGAAGUGGCGAAGGCGAACAAGGCUAAAGCGGAUAAUGCCGAGGAGAUUCGACACUUGUUAACCCAAAAGGAAGAAACCCAAGGCAAACUAAAGAAGGUCGUCGCUGAGUUUAACGAAAGGGCAAAUGAUAUCGCAGAGCUUGAGGGGCUUUUGAAAAAGCACAAAGAGCAGGAGGCGGAGUACGAGCAUGCGCUGACAAAGAGUUCAGAUGAGUUGAAAAGUCAGACCAAGAAGACACAAGAACUUGAGGAAGAAGCCACCACACUUCGAGUCCAAAGUCAAGAGCUUCGCGCAAGUCUGGAGGAGCUAAGCCAAGUUAAGACUAAAGAAAUCAACACUUUGCGGGCUGAACUCGGAAAAUCUCGGGACGAGAUUGCAAGAAAAAAUGACAGAGAGAAGAACGCGUUAAGAGAGCGAGAUCAACUAAUGAAGGAAUUGGCAAAGGAUAAAGAAUACUAUGGAAACAUCAUCAAGACAAUGGAAGCACACAAUGGUUCUUUGGAAAAAGAUAAAACUUCACUUGAAGAGAAAGUGAGAACUGCUGAAGAGGAAAUUCGCCAGCUGGUUUCUCAGAAGAUGGAACUUAACAGCUCCCUUCAGGCAUCCAAGGUUUCUUUAGAAUUCCUUUCCGAAAGAGUCAAAGAGAUUGAAGUGCUGAAUUCUGCUUUGGAGAAGGAAAGAGACCAAAGAGAAAGAAUGAGAGAUCAAAGUACCGAGUCUGAAGCAAAACUGAAGGCACAGCUAGACCAACAACUUAGGAAGAUCCAUGACCUUGAGAGGGAAAAUUCUCGAGUAAGUCAAGAACUGAAAAAUGCUCAAGCUCACAUCGCACAGAAACAGAAAGAGCUCCAAACGUGUGAAAGGUUCACACGGGACGCGAAGGAGGAAGCGCAGAAGCUCAAAGACAUGCUGGAGAAGUCGAACACUUUAAAUAAGGACCUGGAGGAUUCCUUGAUGUCAUUCAAAGCUGGUGUCCAAACAGCCAACGAGGAGAAGAAACAGUUGCAGCAAGACAACGAGGGUCUGAAGGGCGUGGUGCGGGACAUGGAGGUCAUGGUCAGGAAACUACAGGCGAAAGAAGAGAGUUUGGACAAACAAGGCUAUACUAUCGCUCACCUCAAAGACAAGCUAAACCUCGAACGUCAGCAGUGCGCCUCUCUUCAAUCCAGGAUCAGUGAACUUGAAGAGAACAAAGCAGAUACCAAAAGCAAAAUGGACGAGCGACUGAAGUUGACUGAGAACGAGAUUUCAAACUUGAGAAACAUGUUGAACGAGAAGACCUCUGAGCUCUCUAGCCUGAGGCUGGAGAAUGGAAACCUUGAACAGAAGAUGAGGGAUGCAGAGAUGAAGAUACAUGAACUGAACAACAACAUCAAGAAUGAGGCCCUCUACCAAAGCACCAUGGCUAGAAAAAAUCACGAGCUUGAAAUGGAGAUUGCUCAGCUGAGGUAUUCCAAGAGAGAAAAUCGCCCGUCAGCUAACGUCUAUCAGCCUGGAUCGAGGGAUACAGCUGGCCAGGGAAGGGUGGAGACAGACAGAGAUCGCCAAUACAUGGACAAUGUUUCUUUGGAUAAGAUUCGCAACGCACAGAAACGGGCCUCGGAACUCGAAAGCCAGCUUGAACAAGAACGCCACGAGCGCCUCAAACAGCACGCGGAACUGGCGAGAGUCCGGGCCGAAUUAUCCGUCGCUAAAUCCCUAAACUGACGAGCCCCUUAUCAGCCUUCAAACUCAUCAUAAAUAUAACACCUUUAUUUUGCCGUACAUCUAUCUAUCAAUUGAAUCAGUCAUUUGAAACAUUUCAUUUCAUUCGGUUAUACAUGGACCACAAAAUUGGAAAUAGCGGCUCGCUUUACAACAAUCUAUCGACUACUUGAUACGAUCAAGCUAUUUACAUACUCAGCAUAGACACAGAUCUUAAUAAACUCAAUUUGGGUCGCAUAA